CAUGGCCGACAGAUUCUGCGUGUCGUAAAAAGUGUCAGUUUUUGUUUUUACUACGAUAUGAUAUCGUUUUUCUCUAAACUUUCAUUAAAGCAAACUGAUAAGCCGCCAGAGGAGAUCGAGAAACCAGCUUACAUGGACAAAAGUGCAUCCUUACAGGAGCUCGGGUACAAAGAUGAUAACGACUUGAGAGAAACAAUUUACGACUUUUUGCGGACCAUUCGAGAUCCCGAGAAGCCCAGCACGUUAGAGGACUUGAAGGUGAUAUAUGAGGAAGGAAUUUUUGUGAAAGAGCCUACCGCGGACAACGUCCCAGUGCUUCGGGUAGAAUACAACCCCACGGUCCCUCACUGUUCCCUCGCCACCCUCAUCGGGCUCUGCAUCAGGAUAAAGAUACAGAGGUCACUCCAUCAUCCUGUGAAACUGGAUAUUUUUAUCAAGAAAGGGGCUCAUACAACUGAAGAUGAAAUCAACAAACAAAUCAACGACAAAGAGAGAAUUGCUGCCGCUAUGGAGAAUCCCAAUCUAAGAAACCUUGUCGAGAACUGUAUCGCCGAAGAAGAGUAAACUUUAGCUAGAUUAGACGUAGUUUUCGUUUGUAUAG